ACAUGUCAAUGUGGCUGUCGUGUGAUCAUGUGUACAGUUAACACAAAACAGUUCUUUGUGAAAAGAUAGAAUAAAUAUGGAAGAUGAGCACCUGGUCCAGGUUAAAAACAAUAGCAGCUCCCACUGCACCUUUUUCAACGUAGAGCCGAACGACUAUCGAUGUGAUGUGAUUCUUAAAGUUAAAAGAGCCACAGGGACAUUUUCACUAGUGGCAUGCUUUUUUAUGCUCUUUGCGAUAUGGCUGCUGCGGCGAUAUAACUCUUUGUCUCAGAAAAUGAUAGCCAGUCUGACAGUAGCUGCCUUUUUUGACAGUGUUGCAUAUGUUAUGGGAGAGUCUCAUCCGGAGGGUUCUCUAUGUGAUUUUCAGGCGUGGUGGCUUACAUAUUUUGACUGGAGUGCUCUGGCCUGGGUGUGUCUUAUUACUCUCAAUCUCUACCUGAACCUGGUGAGAGAAAUUAGAACUGAACAUUAUGAAAUACCAUACCAUGUGGUGGCAUGGGGGGUUCCUCUGCUAAUGUCGAUCCUCCCUCUGCUUUCUGGAUACUAUGGUCCUGCUGGAGCCUGGUGUUGGAUCACAGAUGACCAUGUUGCCUGGAGGUUUGGCAUAUGGUACAUCCCCCUGUUUACCCUCAUUAUCCUCAUGAUCUGCUGUUACGCUCGAAUCAUCUGUGUGGCCAAUGAGAGGAUGCGUUCCUGGUUGGGCACCUUUAACCCAGAAAGAGAGAGGAGGAAGAUGUCUUUAGCUGAAGAGAUCAGACCGUUAAAGUGGUAUCCCUCUGUUUAUCUGCUCGUAUCUGUCUUCCCCCUUAUAAAUCGAGUUCAUAAUGCUGCUUACCCAGAGGACCCUGUGUUUUCUUUGACUUUACUGCACGUGCUCAGUGCUCCAUUACAUGGUCUUGCCAAUGCUCUCGUUUUUGGUAGAGACACCUGGAGUCAACUGAGUACCACAGGAAUAAAGAUGGCGCUUCAGUCUCGGCUGUGUGAUCGCACUAGGAUUGGAGAGUACCAUCCAACGACUAUAAGAUACACACAUGACCUCGACACACACUCCGACUCAGAUGACGAGGACAGCAAUGUUCUCUUUUAUAGUCCAAACAUGACUCUGAAAGACAGAGGACCCUGGGAGAGUGUUUAGGAAGCAGUGUGUGUGUGUUGGGAUGUUUAUUUACACUCCUUGCCUUUAAAAACUUAAUUCAGUGUUAAAAUAUUGCCGUUUUGUGUCAACACUUUAAUUAAACUGAGUAGUACAGUGACGGUCUGUCCUUCAGUGAUGAGUAGAUUAUUUGUACUGUAUUAUUUAGAGAAAGCUUUUAAAACUGGAGCUGUUUACCACCUCAGAAUAAUAUGUCUUGUAUAUAAUGAAAGACUCGCUUUUAUAUAUCAUUCUAUAGCACAUUUCAGACAUAUGAUAUACUUACAGAGAUUUAACCUGUAGGCCUAAGAUUUGUGCAUGUUUCAUUGUUAUAUUUAUGAAAGAAAAUGCUAUAUUUUUGUAUUGGCUGCAGAAUCUACAAAUUUUUAAUAAAAAUAAAACA